UGACAAUAUGGCAACCUCGUUGAAUCAUCGAUCUUAAGACCCACACCCUCUCACUCUAAGAAGAAACCAUUGCAGAAGUACAAACUCGCUGCUACUUCCAUGGCGGAAACACCGGUAUGGCUACUCUUCAUGGCCUUCGCCUCACUGCCGCUGCUUCCUUGGUGCAAAGGUGGCGACGAGGCGGCAGUGAAGGGGAUGUUUGUGUUCGGGAGCUCGUUGGUGGACAACGGGAACAACAACUUCUUGAGGAACUCGAAAGCGAGGGCAGAUUACUCGCCCUACGGGAUCGACUUCCCUUGGGGUCCCUCGGGGAGGUUCUCCAAUGGCAGAAAUCCCGUCGACGUCCUCGGCCAGCUUCUGAUGCUUCCUUCGCUGAUACCGCCCUUCGCCGACCCCAAGACGAAGGGGAGAAGGAUUGUUCAUGGCGUCAACUACGCUUCCGGUGGCUCCGGGAUCCUCGACCACACCGGUUCUCUGACCGGUGAAGUAAUGAACUUGAGCAGCCAAAUAGGGAACUUCGAGGACAAAACACUGCCUGAGUUGAAAGCUCAGCUUGGUAACGGCGGAAGCCGACGCGUCGUCGCGAACCGCUUCCUCUCCCAGUAUUUAUUCGUCGUUGGAACAGGUGGAAAUGACUACCUCCUCAAUUACUUCGCCGGCGAUGCCAAGAACAGCACCACCUUGUCUGAAUUCACCCACGACCUGGUUUCCAUCUUGUCAAGCCAGCUCAAGAAGCUCUACGAUCUUGGGGCGAGGAAAUUCGUGCUGUUCUCGAUUCAAGCCAUGGGCUGCGUUCCGGUGGUGAGGGCGAACGUGCCCACGGCCAAGGGAGGCUGCGUCGAGGCCAUGAACGAGGCCGCCAUCCUCUUCAACUCCCACCUGAGACGGCUGGCCGACGCCUCUCGGAGGAGACGUAUGCCCGGCUCCUUCGUGGUGUACGUCAACUCGUACAAGAUCAUCAGAGACAUCAUCAACAACCCCAUUCGAAGCGGUUUCUCGGAGACGAGCGAUGCGUGCUGCGAGCUGUCGUCGGCCAUGGAAGACGGGAGAGGGAUACUGUGCCGAAGAGGAGGGCGUGCCUGCGGCGAUCGCGACUCCCAUGUCUUCUUUGACGGGCUUCACCCUACAGAUGCUGUCAAUAUGAGGAUAGCAGUGAAGGCUUAUGGAUCUAAUCUGAAGGCCGAAGCUUACCCCAUGAACGUAGGACAUUUAGCGAGGUUAUCUAUGUAGAGAUGUAGACGAAGGCUUGCUUAUUAUCAAUGGCAAUAAAAGUCGUCGAACACAUGUUGGAUGAGCAAAUACAUAGUUGUAGCUCAUCAUCCUUCUA